AUGGCCGACCACCAAGACUCCAAGAAGAUGAAUGACAGCACCGAUCACUCCUCCCAGCUGGUGGAGCCACCCAAAGAGAGCAUGCAGCUGAAGAAAGAGAUCUCUCUGCUCAAUGGAGUCAGCCUGAUCGUAGGGAAUAUGAUCGGCUCGGGCAUCUUUGUCUCCCCGAAGGGUGUGCUGUUCUACAGCGCCUCCUAUGGGCUGUCACUAAUCAUCUGGGUCAUUGGGGGCUUGUUCUCUGUGGUGGGGGCCCUCUGCUACGCUGAGCUGGGCACCACCAUCACCAAAUCAGGGGCGUCGUACGCCUACAUCCUGGAGUCAUUUGGUGGCUUCAUCGCCUUCAUCCGUCUGUGGACGUCUUUGUUGAUUAUUGAGCCCACCAGCCAGGCGGUCAUCGCCAUCACGUUCGCCAACUACCUGGUGCAACCGCUCUUCCCGACGUGUGAGCCACCUUACACAGCAGCCAGGUUCAUAGCUGCAGCGUGCUUGUGCCUACUGACAUUCAUCAAUGCUGCCUACGUGAAGUGGGGUACCCGUGUGCAGGACGUUUUCACCUAUGCCAAGGUGGCAGCCCUCAUCGUCAUCAUCAUCACCGGCAUCGUUAAGCUGUGCCAGGGUUACACAACCAACUUUGAAUCCGCCUUUCAAGGAUCAUCUAAAGAUCCUGGCAACAUCGCGCUGGCGCUCUACUCUGCCCUUUUUUCCUACUCCGGCUGGGAUACCCUCAACUUUGUCACGGAAGAGAUCAAAAACCCUGAGAGGAACCUGCCGCUGGCCAUCGCCAUCUCUAUGCCCAUCGUCACCAUCAUCUACAUCCUGACUAAUGUGGCCUACUAUGCUGUUCUGGACAUCAGCGCUAUACUGGCCAGUGAUGCUGUGGCAGUGACAUUUGCAGAUCAUACGCUCGGUGUGAUGAGCUGGAUCAUCCCCAUCGCCGUGGCUCUGUCCUGCUAUGGAGGCCUCAACGCCUCCAUUAUAGCUGCAUCCAGGUUGUUCUUUGUUGGCUCUCGUGAGGGUCACCUUCCGGACGCUCUCUCCAUGAUCCACAUACAGAGAUUCACUCCAAUCCCCGCUCUGAUCUUCAAUUGCAUCAUGUCACUGAUCUACCUGACAGUGGAAGACGUCUUUCAGCUCAUCAACUACUACAGCUUCAGCUACUGGUUCUUCAUGGGGCUGUCCAUCGCAGGACAGAUCUACCUCCGCUGGAAGGAGCCCGACCGACCCAGACCUCUCAAGCUGACGUUAUUCUACCCGGUGGUGUUCUGCAUGUGCACCAUUUUCCUGGUGGUCGUGCCUCUCUACAGCGACACCAUCAACUCUUUAAUCGGCAUUGCCAUCGCCCUGUCAGGAGUACCCGUCUACUUCCUGGGCGUCUACCUCCCCGAGUCCAAAAGACCACCUGUCAUCACCAAGUUGUUGCGUUCUCUGACUCAUUUCACCCAGUACUCCUGCUACUGUGUACUGACAGAGAUGGACAAAAGUGAAUGAAUAGCACUACAAACACUUUACCCAGCAGCUUCUGCAGCAUCACAGCUCACAG